AUGGCCGUUAAUUUCAGAUCCAGAAGUAACUUUUUCUUACUGCCAUGCUGUCCAUUUGAUUUUUAUAGUCGCUUUCAAAAAAAGUGUGGUGUGACUACUACUAGUGUGUAUUCCUCCUAUCUUCUGUUUAUUCGCGAUAUCUGUUUGAGGCUGGGUUAUUGCGUUGAGGAAGAUCGGCUGAAAAUUCCAUCAACGAAACGUUAUUGUUUCCUCUGCACAGUACCUGCUGGUGGAUUAGUAGAAAAUGUAGAAAGUGUUAUAAAUAAUGUAUUGCCACAUACGAGUUUACCAGUUUUUGUGCCGAGAGAGAAAUUUGAAAAGAUAAGAAAUUGUUCGAAACUUUCUCGGGAUUUCCAGCAAGUGCUUGUUACAAAGAUAUUCACGCAUUUAUUGGAGCUGUCACCGGACAAAACGACAGUCUGUUGGGACGGAGGGCCAUCAUGCUCUCUGAAAGAAAUAGCUGAGCUACUCGAUGAGGAAGAAAAAGCGCAGCUUCGAGAUUCAGAUGGCGGUUUGCAAACAUUCCUGAAAAAUCAGCAUCAAAUUUUCAAAGUAGUUAAAGGCACUGUUUCAAUUCGUAAUUGGGCUGCAGAGGGCACUCGAAGAGUGGAAGGAAAAUUGAAGACAGCGGAUUGCUGGUUCCACAAAUAUCAUUCCAGCGGAUGUCCUCUAUCAGCUGAAGAUUGUUCUUACAAACACUAA